ACCAUCGCGCACAUGUUUGUUUUGUUGACAAAACCGUCAACAUGUCGCGAAAAACCUGGAAUUCCCUGGACAAACCGCCGCUCUCUGAUGCUGUGCUGCAGGUGGUACAGAGCUUCGGCUUCCAGCAGAUGACUCCCGUCCAAACGGCCGCCAUACCUCUGCUUCUGGCGCGAAAAGAUGUCUCCGCUGAGGCUGUUACGGGCAGCGGGAAAACGCUGGCUUUUCUUGUACCCUUGCUGGAAAUCCUGCAACGGCGCCAUAAGGAGACCGCCUGGGGAUCCAAGGAGAUCGGAGCACUCAUCAUCUCGCCCACCAGGGAACUGGCUCGCCAGAUAUCCGAGGUGCUGGCUAAAUUCCUUGAGCACGAGGAUCUUGAGCACCUGAAUCAACAGUUGAUUGUAGGCGGAAACAGCAUCGAGGAAGAUAUCGCUACGCUCAAAAAGGAGACGCCAUGCAUACUAGUGUGUACCCCCGGCCGACUCGAGGACCUCUUUCAGCGGAAAGGAGACGAUCUGAAUCUGGCGGCGCGUGUCAAAAGUCUGGAAUUCUUGGUACUCGACGAAGCCGAUCGGCUGCUGGACAUGGGAUUUAAGACCAGUGUAAAUAACAUUCUCGGCUACCUCCCAAGGCAAAGAAGAACUGGCCUGUUCUCCGCCACCCAAACUACGGAGGUUACAGACUUAAUAAGAGCAGGAUUACGAAAUCCUGUGCUGGUUUCAGUGAAAGAGAAAGCGUCUGUUAACACUCCCGCUCGUCUGCAGAACUUCUACAAAAUUGUCGAACCAGAGCAAAAAUUCCUGGCACUGCUGGAGUUCCUCAGCUCCCCCGCCACUCGAACCGGCAAGGUGAUGGUGUUCUUUCCCACCUGCGCCUGCGUGGAGUACUGGGCUGAGGCUCUGCCUCCGUUUCUGCCCAAACGCACGGUGCUGGGUAUCCACGGUAAGAUGAAGAACAAGCGGGCAAAUGUGGUGGAGAAGUUCCGCAGCGAACCGGAGGCUGUGCUCCUCUGUACGGAUGUCCUAGCGCGCGGCUUGGAUGUACCAGAAAUCGAAUGGGUGGUGCAAUGGGAUCCGCCCUCCACUGCCUCCAGCUUCGUGCACCGUGUGGGACGCACCGCUCGGCAAGGAAAUGAGGGCAACGCCUUGGUAUUUUUACUGCCCAGCGAAGAUUCCUAUGUGCACUUCCUGAGGAUCAACCAAAAGGUAGAACUGAAUGAGGUGAUCCAGGAGACAGACGAAGAGACAACUCAAGUGCUGGAGCUUCCGGCUGUGCUACAGAAACUACAUCGUUUGCAAGCGGCAGACAAGGGUAUCUACGACAAAGGAAUGCGCGCCUUCGUUUCCCAUGUGAGAGCCUACACCAAACAUGAAUGCAGCGCUAUUCUUCGCCUAAAGGAUCUCGAUCUGGGCAAAAUGGCCACUGCCUAUGGUCUCCUGCAAUUACCCCGCAUGCCAGAGUUCAAAAACUACAAGGGCGAUGGCUACAUAGCACCCACCUUCGAGGUGGAUGUAAACAAGCUGACCUACAAAAAUGUCCAAAAGGAGCAAGUGCGUCAAAAAAAGCAACAAAUGUACGAAGAAACGGGGAGCUGGCCGGGCCUGAAAAAGCACCAAAAGCGCACCGAGUCCUGGGAUCAGACUAAGAAGGCCAAGCUAGACGCCAAGUCAAAAAAAGAGCUGCGCAAGGCCAAGAAGAAGCGCAAGAAGGAGGCGGAAGCAGAGGCCGGAGGCACGGGACCAGGAAAACGAAAGAAGCAACAGUUUAGCCAGGAGGACCUCGAUGAGCUGGCCAGUGACAUUCGGCUUUUCAAACGACUAAAGAAGAACAAGAUCAGCGAGGAAGACUAUGACAAGGCAAUGGGCAUUAAGGACGAUGAUUGAUCUAAGGCCGCGGGGACUUGCUUACGGUUAAUAAAAAUGUUGUUAUGAAACAAAGUGUAUUUAUUUAAUUCUAAUUCCAAUUAUUGAACAUUUAAUAGAAGAAAUAUUUGAACAUACGCUGAAGUUGAAAGAUGGGUUGGAGUCUAGGGAAGCUUUCAAACUCUUUUAAAAUUUGAAAAUAAUGUUUAUGCUUAAGAUGUCUGGAUCGAUUUGGCUUUUGAUGCUGAUCAAGAAUAUACAGGGUCGGAAACUACUCCUUUAUAGCGUUACAAUUUUCUGAAUUAAAUGAAACUACCAUUUAAAGGUAUUAAAA